UUUCCCUUGGAUUUUAUCAAUUUGUCUUAAUUUUAUUACAUUGACAAUCUGAUCACCAAUUCAAUUGUGAGUCUUAUUAACUACGAUUGUAAAUGAAGCAUUAUUUUAAUGUCUAUUUAUUUUCAGCAACAAUUAAAUUUACCGUUAAUUUGUUCAUCAUUUUUGAUUUUCUAAAUCAAAUAUCACCCUGAUAUCUAAAAGUUUUGGAUAAUCAAUUUCUGUUAAUUCAGUGUCGACUUAAUCAUCAUCAAUGGUUACUAUCGAUUUAAUCAAUCACUUAAUUGUUUUGCGAGUUAUGAAAUCAUAGAAAUGUUUACCGAAUCAUUUUGAUUAAUGUAUUAGUGUAUUGUUUGCCACAGUUUUAAUUAGUGUUGUUAAUUGUUUGAAAAUCAUGGAGACAUUGGCUGGUUUUGAUGGAGUUUCAAUUGAUCGUGUCCAGUUUGUUGAUCUUUAUCCCGAAAAUUUCAAAUGUGACCAAUGUGGACUAUUAGUUAAAUUGAUUGUUAAAACAUCAGCUCCAUUUAAAUUAACAGAAAAUGGAUUUGAAGAUUCAUCUCUUAAUCCACCUUCACGUCCAAGGUGUGGUCAUAAGUUUUGUAAUCCAUGUUUUAAUUCAAUCUCAUCUGAUGGUCGACUCUUAAAGUGUCCAAUCGACUCGUUAAUUGUUCCCAAAAAAGAGUUUACUGAGGAUCGAUUGGAUUCUGAGACCAUUUUGGAUAAAGAUGUUUACUGUUCAUAUCGAAGUCGUGGUUGUAAAAAGACCUGUCGCUUGAGAGAUUUAAAAGAUCACAUGAGAACUUGUGUCUAUGGGGUAAUUAACUGUCCACUUAAGUGUGGAGAGGGAAUCGUAAUUAAAAAGCUUCCAUCUCAUAUGGCAAUGGAGUGUCCAAGACGAACAAUUAGUUGCUCAUUCUGUGAAGAUGAUAUUCCAUUACAAUCAAAAAAAGAUCACGAAUCUAAUUGUUCCCGUCGACCUACAAUUUGUACCUAUUGUAAGCGUAAAAUGGCCUUUGGAGAUUUGAGGAAACACUAUGACAUUUGUCCAGGUAAACCAAGAACCUGUAGAUUAACACCAAUGGGAUGUAAAUUUGUGGGAACCAAAGAUGAAAUUGAACAACAUGAAUCAAUCUGGAAAAUUCAUGUCGAUCCAAUAGUUAAAUAUUUCUCAAGUAGAAAUGAUAAUUACUCAGAUGACCUUAAAUUACGAGUUAAUGAUACACUGACCGUAGUAAAGGAAUUGAAUGAAGAAAAUAAAACAUUAAAACGAAGUUUGGAAAAAUUAUCAUUCCAAUUGCAAACAAUUAUCGGAGACAAUUCAAUCUUAAAGGAGACAAUUAACAAGAUGGAAUUAAAAUUUCAAGCAACAAUCGAAUCGAUGACAGAUGAACAAAAGUUUCUACUCGACGAAAUUCAGCGUUUGAAAGAUAUCGUAAUCAUUGGAGAAUCAUCCGUAUAAUUAAGACAAUCAAUGGAACCAUCGACAUUAAAUCAAUUAUUUCAAACCCAAUCGAAAGAUCAAAAUUCGAGAUACUUUCGAUGCUUAAUUGUUAUGUUCAAAAUAACAUUUUUACUUAUUUUAAUCCUUAUAAUUAACAUUUUUCAUCAACAACAUGAUUUUUGGUAAUCAUUUAAAUAAUUAACUAUAAAAAAAAAAUUUAACGUUAAAGUUGAUCAAUGCAUUAGAAUUUUUCUUAAAAACUUAAUUAGUAAAACUAUUGAUUAUUUUUACAGUGGACAAGAAUUAACUUUGCCUAAACUUUGGCAUUUUACUUGUUUUGUUACAUGAGCUUAAUCUUGACCAACGAUUGAAAAUUAGCUAAAAAUGGUUUGAAAAAAAAAUUUGAAUA